AUGGAGUGGCAUCGGAAGUGGGUCGGAAUUGACUCCCGCGACCUUGUCCAGUGCCAGUCGGUGGCGGUGUUUGUCCGCAGCGGGCAAAAGAAUUUCAUCACGGAAAGUUACAUGGGUUUAGUGGAGGCGAUUCGAACGGAUAUUUCCGUGCCGCUGAUUGAUAGCGAUACCGACGAGGAGAGUUGGAAGAAGCGCAGGCAGAGGUCACUGGAGCAGUGUCUGGAGGUGCAUCCGGAGUCGGGAAAGCUAAAGGGUGCUUCCGUGUUGGGCCCGAUCAGAAGAACCGACGCCGGAGGACGGUUGAAGGAUGCCUUGCAGGACUCGCUUCGAAGGCUUCAAUAGUGUCACGUUUAGGGUAUCCUUGAAAAAAAUCUCGUUUCCCCCAUCCACAGAUUCUGGAACUGCAUCAA